CAGCUUGAACAGAUUCUUGAAAAGUUGGAUAAUACUGAAGUAAUAUAUAAUUCUGCUAUAGGCAAAAAAAGAGAGAAAAGAAAAUGGAAGAAAACGGCAGAUGAUUUGUUUCAAGAAGCAGUUAGAGAACUUUUAUAUGAAUUAUUUCAUGACUAUAAGCAAAUAAGCGAUACUGAAAUGAAAGUGCAACUCAAAAAUAAGUUAGAAAAUAAUAAAGAUUGUGCAGAACACUUGAAAGGACUUUGGGCUACUUUUGGCAUUAGUAAAAUUAAAUCAUUCAAUGAACAUGAUACAAAAGACCAAAUGAAACAAUGGAAACAGGAUUCUAGAAAAGCUUAUAAAGAUUUAUAUAAUCUGAAUAAUUUAACUAAUCCAAAUUCUGAUACUUUUUUUGCUUCAAUUAUACAAUACGUUUUUGUUUCUAAAGACGAACAGACUCAUAUAAAUGCUAUCUGGACCUAA